GUGUAGGCGCCUGUCGGUCAUGCCCGUCAGUCUCAGCUGCAGUUGUCUGACACCUUUGCAGCGCGCAUGCGCAGCGAGCGACGAAACUAUACAUAAUAAUAACAGUUGCCCUCUAAAUAAAUGAUAUGAUGCAGCUUUCCCCAUCUGUCGUCUCGGACUGUAAUUAUUUCCUUCAGCAGGGGAGAUAGCCUGCCGACUUGGCGACUUUCUUUAGGAGCAAUGCAAAUGGAGACUUAAUCUUUGUCUAACAUGACUUAAAGGCGCGCUGCUGGGCCCACCGAAAAUCGCUGCUGUAGCAAUAGAAUGACGCACCGCACUCCAAGCUCUCAUGUAGUAUGCAUAUGCAUCAUAGUCGCGACAACUUUCUCCAGUACAGCGGCGGCGUCGAGAAGCUUGAACACGGGGGCGGCCACGACUGGUCAGGCGCCGGUGUGCGACCUGCACCCUGAUAUUCGAGCAAGGUGCUGAUACUUUGAAAGAAGCUGAAAGAAAGUUUUCUAGGGCCGGCAAGAUUGUCAUAUGCCUGCGCAGAGUAUGCGUGCCCUCCACCUGACGUGUUUCGCGUGCCGCGUGGGACCAGUGGAAGUCUCGCUGGAACUUACGACACACCGCCCCCAUACCUCCGCACGGUUUAGGAUGCAGUAUCAUUGUCACAAUGUAACGUGCAUGCAGAAUUCAAAAGGAUGUCGCCUGGCUGGACGAAAUAGGCGGAAUUCACGAGGGCAUGAUCCGCAACAUCUCCCUGGUGUGUGACAAGCACGUGCGGCACCUGUGCAACUUCAGGGUCGUGCGCGUUAUGAUUAAGGACGGGGAAGUCUAUUUGAACAGUGUGCAUCCCGAGUACAAACUGGGGCCCACCCAGUUCGCGGGCUUCCUGGCUGAACUGUAUGAGGCCAGCAAAGUGUUCAGAUUGCCGGAUGUGGAGUUUGCAUACAAUGGCGAUGAUGACGCCAACUGGGCCUUUGACUGGAAGGACCGCGGCAAGCUACAAACCAAUUUCCACGGCGGGCCCUUCCCGCUGGUGGCCUGGAGCAAGAGUGAACGCAGCAGUGCCAUUCUUAUCCCCGACAGCGGCGCGUUCAGGUGCAUGCAUGACGGAUUUGACAACUUCUUGGAGCGACUGGACGCAAUUAAUAAGGUGGAAUGGAGCACGCGGAAGCAGGUGGCGUUUGGGCGCUGGACCAAGUUCUGCCCGCUGUACAUGCUGCUGGGCCAGCCGCGCCUGCCCAGCGGGGAGCCGUACAAGUGCCCGCGCGCCUGGCUGCCCGCAGUCAGCAACGAGGCCCCGGAGCUGCUGGACGCCGGCUUCGUGCACGGCGGCGACGACCCGCCCCCCAAGGGCGACCCGCGCUACAAGGAGCCCAUUCCCAUCAGCCACCAGGUCAAGUACAGGUACCUGGUGUCCACGGACGGGGUGGCCACCAGUCGCAAGAUGGAGGUCUACUUCCUGUUCGGGUCGCUGGUGAUCAAGUCCGCCUCCGACCGCAUGGGCUACUUCUACGACGCACUGCGGCCGGAUGAGCACUUCGUGACCUGCCUCAACUCAUCGGCGCGCGACAUCCUAGAUGUGGUCCGGUGGGCGCGGUCGCACGACGCCGAGGCUCGCCGCAUCGCCGAGACGGCUCAGCGCUUCGCGGUGGAGCACCUGCGCCGCUCCGCGCGGCUGUGCCAGAUCCGCACUGUGAUUGAGGAGCUGGGCAGGCGCAUGAGGUACACACCCGACUGCUCCCGGCGUGAGCUGUGCAUCCCGCUGGGCCACUUCGUGAGCUUCCUGUCCAAACACGGCUGGGAGGAGCUUGUCACGCGCUACCCGCCCAGCAGCGCUGCAGUGCAGACCUUCACCACCAGCAGUGAUUACGCCAUUGCCAACCUCAUCUCCAACAAGCAGUUCUGGCCACGGGACAAUGACUUCCCACCUUUGGAGGAGGAGCCCUACUUUGGCGUGCCGCGCAUGUAGCGGCCUGCAGCAGUGCUCAGGAGAAAGCCGGUUUGCUGGUGUAGCGAACUGGAAUGGGCUCCAAGCGCAGGUCGCACCCGCCCGUCGACAGGGGGUCCAAAGCAUACGCGCACUAGCGGUGAGCGCUAGAUUUCUGUGUGCGUGCGGCCGUUUUUGGGGGGGAUUCCCAAUCAGGGAUGCAGCGGGUCACGGCUAGCAGGGCUGCAGUGCCAGCGGUCCCUGGGACAAUCAAGGUGCUGUGAGCGCACUAUCUAACUACUAGUUGUGUUGGGUGGUUGCACACAAGCGGUUGGAUGGGCGAAGGAUGAUGGGAAAUGGAUUUUACACGACAUGAUUGUGGGGUUAACAAGCAGGUGAGAGGCUAGGGUGAAGUUUGUUGGGUUAUCCUGCCUCGGUUGCACUGAAUGUCGAUGCGGCUGCCGACUCCUGCUGGUCCCACAAUUGGAACACAACAUAGGGGACAUAGGUUGGGUGACAUUUAUUGCAGUCUGUCAUGAAGGGAAUCAUUUUGCGAUUGAUUGAUUGAUUGAUAUGUUUGUCUGGUAUCCCGGACCAUUGUUGUUGGGUCGUCACUUCAUGCCGUACACGGGGUUGCUUGAGGCGCAUGCACGCACACUGCCGUCGGCCAUACGCAAUAACCACAAGAAUGACAUAUUGCUUCAUCAUGAUUGCAUUGGUUGGCGACGUGGUGGCCACAAGUAAGCGUAGAUGGCGCUUGGGCAGCACGUCUGCGGUCGAUGGUGGUGCAUGGAGUGUGCGGGGUGUGCGCGCGGCACACCGUUGCGCAUGGUACACUUGCGAGAAAUGUGCUUCAACAAGAGAGUACUGUGGCCUUACUGUUCG